GCUAUUGCAAUAUACUGUGUUUUUCAGAAGUCGCAGUCCAUUCUGCCUGUAUAUUCCCAAACAAGUUUGAUUUUUUCGGGUUUUUGAAAAGCUUGUUCGAUUUGUACAUUGGAUUCAUCAAGAUGGGUAAACGCCAACAUCAAUCAGAUAAGAUGUACAUUACAUCCAAAGAGUGGGCAGCAUUCUAUGGCGGGAAGAAACUAGACACUGGGGAACGUGCAGCCUUUCGACGGUUGCCAUUUGACCACUGCAGUUUGUCGUUCCAGCCUUUUGAGCAUCCUUAUUGCACCAAAGAUGGAGUCAUCUUUGAUCUGGUCAGCAUCAUCCCAUACCUCAAGAAAUAUGGAACCAACCCCAUUACUGGAGAGGCCAUGGACACCAAGGCACUUAUCAAACUCAAUUUCCGCAAGAAUGCAAAUGGUAAAUACCACUGUCCUGUGACCUACAAAGUCUUUAAUGCAAACACUCACAUUGUUGCCGUCAAACCCACCGGCAAUGUCUAUGCCUAUGAGGCCAUUGAUCAACUCAACAUCAAAGCCAAGAAUUGGAAGGAUCUACUGACAGACCAACCCUUCACACGCAAGGAUUUGAUUGUACUUCAAGAUCCCAGUCACCUUGAUAAAUUCAACAUAACUGCUUUCUACCAUGUGCAGAAGAACCAGAAGGUGGAUACAGAAAGUGAAAAGAAAGCAAGAGAAGGAGCUAGGUACUACAUGAAAUCAACCAAUGCAGAAACUAAGGACAUCCUGGAAGAAUUGUACCGAGACUACAAACCAACAGAAAAGAAAAGAGAAGAGAAGAAACAAGCGGAUCAUUUAAAUGCUGCCCACUACAGUACAGGGAUGGUAGCUGCAGGUUUCACAUCAACUGUGAUGACUCCACUAACAACACAUGAAGCAGCCGUCAUUGAUGAAGAUGUCAUCAGGUAUGAGAGAGUCAAGAAGAAAGGUUACGUACGGCUGGUGACAAGUCAUGGAAAUCUGAACCUUGAACUACACUGUGAUCUGGUUCAAAAGACAUGUGAGAACUUUUUGAAGUUGAUAGCUAAGGGAUAUUACAAGGGGACAAUCUUUCACCGGUCAAUCAAAAACUUCAUGAUCCAGGGUGGAGACCCAACAGGGACAGGUAAAGGUGGUGAGUCUGCAUGGGUCACAGCUUUCAAGGACGAAUUCAAAGCCAGUCUUUCUCACACGGGUCGAGGUGUUCUCAGCAUGGCCAACUCUGGACCAAAUACUAAUAAAUCACAGUUCUUCAUUACCUACAGAUCUUGCAAGCAUUUAGACAACAAACACACUAUUUUUGGCAGGGUAGUUGGAGGUAUUGACACCUUAUCUAAUAUGGAGAGAAUUGAGACAGACAAGAAGGACCGUCCCAAAGAGACAAUCACCAUUGAAGAUGCAACCAUCUUUGUCAAUCCUUUUGAUGAAGUUGAUGAGGAGCUUGCAAAUGAAAGGAGGAAGAAGCAAGAGGAACUGGAAUCUGAGAAAGACAGCAAACCUAAAACAGUCGGUGUGCCUCCUGCUUCAGAAGAGAGACCAGCCACUUACAGGAAAGGGGUUGGGAAAUAUAUCCCAUCAACGGUUACAUCACCCGGUGAAGAAACAAGUACAAGCAAGCGAUCAGCUGAAGCCACAGUCAAGACAGAUGUAACUUCAUCCAGGAAAAAAUCGAAGCUAUCUUCAGAGCUAACAGACUUCAGUACCUGGUAGCAAAUGGACCAUAGUAGAUUGACUUUUGUGUAAGUAGAGAACACUGAAAAAGCUGUAUCCAAGAAAGACGAUCCAGAGAACAAGAAAACGGAGAAACAUUGUAAUUUCACAAUUCAGUUUAAUUGUUUUUUACAGGUUUUUAUUUUCUGUGGACAUGUGGGACUGUCAUUUUUAAUACAGAGACAGAUUUAUUUAAAGUAACAGUUUUUAACAGAUUAGAUGCUGGAUAUUGAACAAACAAAAAUUGAACCGGGAUUGGAAUCUCUGAUUGCCUACGAGGCUGGAUGUCUCAGUUGGUAGACCUGGUUUACAGCUUAGAAUCCUGCUGCAGUUAACCUUUAGUGUCGCUCACCCAGUCUUCGGAUUUGGGAUGAGCUCAUCAGAUGAAAUUAAAUUCCUGUCAACAGGAAGUUGAUUACAAGAAAAACUACAAAUCUAUCAUCUGAAGAUUUAUCAUAGAAACUUUUAUGACUACUUUGUAAUAUCAAGAAAAUGGUAACGGUUCUGAUAAUGGCUUUGCUAUGUUUUAUGUGUUAAAUGUUUUCGAAAUUUGUUCUGUAGGGUUUCAAGUCAUAUUUUGUCUGUAAAUAUUAUGUACAUGCAUACACAAUAAAUCAGUGUUUCAAAAACAUC